UAAGUGGAGGACUUUUUCCUGCCGUGUGUGACAAGUACAAGUUUAAUUUAUGUGUAUUUUAAACGGUUUUAACGGAACGGCUCGUGGAACAUAUGUAAAGAUUACUGAAAUGUAAUUUGGCACUACGAGUAGUUUUUUCCUCUUAAUUGUGUGUGAGCCAUUUUCAACCAGACUUUUUUAGAGAACUAACCGUCCUGGGAGACAACUCAACUUUGGGCUUCGACCUUAUGUGGAUUUUACAGAAAAUAUGGAGCAGAUCCCCGGUUUCUCCUCGGGCAAAUCACUAGUCUUUGUCUUAUGCUUCAUCCACCUGUCUUUGGCUCUGCAGUGUAUGGAUGAUAAGGCGCCUUGUGUUAACAACGCUACUUGUCUGACCUUUAACAAUGGCACUGAAUACUGCAGGUGUGCACCAGGAUAUCUGGGUGAGUACUGCCAGCAUAAGGACCCUUGUCAACCUGGCUACUGCCUGAAUGGAGGGAACUGCUCUGUGUCCAUGUCAGCUGGUGUACCUGUACCGGGCAGCGCCACCUGCACUUGCCCUCUUGGCUACACCGGACAGCACUGCCAAACUCCCCAGAACUCCACUUGUUACCCCAACAACCCCUGUGCCAACAGAGGUGUCUGCACCCUGCUGUCCCUUGACAAGUACAAGUGUGAGUGUGCCAGAGGAUGGACAGGACUGCGGUGUGAGCAUGAGGACAGCUGUCUAUCUAGUCCCUGUGCCAACGGUGGAACGUGUAGCUCUCUGUCUGGUGGUAGCUACACAUGUUCCUGUCCUCCUGGCUACACAGGUCCUCGCUGCCUUAACGACACAAAUGAAUGUGCCGCCACACCCUCUAUAUGCCAGAAUGAAGGAGUAUGCUUCAACACCCCUGGUUCCUACAAAUGUAUCUGUACCCCGGGGUUUACUGGCAGACACUGUGAAAGCUCAUACAUCCCUUGCUCACCUUCACCAUGCUUAAAUGGAGGCACCUGCCACCAGAACUCUGAAACCAGCUACUCGUGCCACUGCCUUCCAGGUUUCAAUGGGACUAACUGUGAGAACAACAUUGAUGACUGUCCCGGUCAUCAGUGUGCCAAUGGAGGAACCUGUAUGGACGGAGUCAACACCUACAACUGCCAGUGCCCUCCGGAGUGGACUGGUCAGCACUGUACAGAAGAUGUGAACGAGUGUCGCCUGCAGCCAAACACUUGCCAGAAUGGAGGUACCUGCAGCAACCUGAUCGGCAGCUAUGUCUGUGUGUGCGUAAAUGGCUGGAGUGGACCCGACUGCUCUCAAAACAUCGAUGACUGUGCUACAGCUGCGUGCAGCGCAGGCUCCACAUGCAUCGACCGUGUUGCGUCUUUUGUCUGCCUCUGCCCCCACGGAAAGACAGGUUUGCUCUGCCAUAGAGAUGACGCCUGUAUCAGUAACCCCUGUAGAGAGGGCUCUCAGUGUGACACCAACCCCAUCAGUGGCAUGUUCAACUGUAAUUGUCCACCUGGAUAUGUAGGCAGCACCUGCAACAUCGACAGAGACGAAUGCAGCAUUGGUACCAACCCUUGCGAGCAUGGUGGUCAGUGUGUGAACACCGACGGCUCCUUCACCUGUAACUGUGUUAGGGGUUAUGCCGGGCCACGCUGUGAACAAGAUGUCAACGAGUGUGCUUCGAACCCCUGCCAGAAUGAUGGCACAUGUCUUGAUCGUAUUGGGGACUACACCUGCAUCUGCAUGCCCGGAUUUGAGGGCACUCAUUGUGAGAUAGAGGUGAAUGAGUGUCUCAGCUCCCCCUGUCUGAACCAGGGUAAAUGUCUGGACCAGGUCAGCCGCUUUGUCUGCGAGUGCCCAGCAGGCUUCAGCGGUGAAAUGUGCCAGAUAGACAUAGAUGAGUGUUCCAGUACACCCUGUCUAAAUGGGGCCAAAUGUAUCGACCGACCCAACGGAUAUGAUUGUGAAUGUGCUGAAGGCUUCACUGGCCUACUUUGUGAUGAGAACAUCAAUGACUGCGUACCAGAGCCAUGCCACCAUGGUGUGUGUAAAGAUGGCAUCGCCACCUUCUCCUGUGAGUGCUACCCUGGAUACACAGGCUCGAUCUGUAAUAUCCAGGUCCAGGAGUGCCACAGCAACCCUUGUCAGAACCGAGGACGCUGCAUUGACCUGGUCAAUGCCUACCAGUGUAACUGCCCACCGGGAACCACAGGGGUGAACUGUGAGAUUAAUGAAGACGACUGUGCCAGCAACCCCUGUGAGUACGGAGAGUGCCAGGAUGGCAUUAAUGAGUACAAAUGUGUGUGCGCCCCAGGAUAUACAGGAGUUAAAUGUGAUGUGGAGAUCAACGAAUGCAACUCAAACCCAUGUAUGAGUGGGGGAACCUGCGUGGACAAGGUCAAUGGGUUCCACUGCCUGUGCCCACCCAGUACCCACGGCCCUCUGUGCCUCUCUGGGACCGACCACUGUGCUCCCCAGCCUUGUGUGCAUGGAGAUUGUGCUGAACAACAACACGGGUACCGUUGUGAGUGUGAAGCUGGCUGGGUGGGACAACACUGUGAGCAGGAAAAGGAUGAGUGCCAGCCCAGUCCGUGCCAAAAUGGUGGCACCUGUGUGGACCGACAUAAUGGCUAUACCUGUCAGUGCCAACCUGGAUUCAGAGGUGUGAACUGUGAGAAAAACAUAGAUGAAUGUGCAUCUGGGCCCUGUCUGAACCAAGGCAUUUGUAUAGAUGGAGUCAACAGUUACACCUGCCAAUGUAGUCUGCCAUUCACAGGUAAACACUGUGAGGUGGAACAGGUUCCCUGUGCCUCUCAUCCAUGUGAGAGUGGAGGAGUGUGUCGUCCAUCUGCAGACUACACCUCUUACACCUGUCGAUGUCCCGCUGGUUGGCAAGGUACACGCUGCAAUGAGGAUGUGGAUGAAUGCAAAAAGAGCCCUUGCAAAAAUGGCGGUCGUUGCAUGAACAGCCAAGGCAGCUACACGUGUAAAUGUCAACAUGGAUACAGCGGACACAACUGUCAGACAGACAUUGACGACUGCUCACCCAACCCAUGCCUGAAUGGAGGCUUCUGUGUGGACAAUGUUGGGAGCUUCUCCUGUGACUGCCGCCCGGGUUUUGAAGGGGAGCGCUGUGAGACUGAAGUAGAUGAGUGCGCCAGCCAGCCCUGCAGGAACGGUGCCAUCUGCCGGGACUAUGUCAACAGCUUUGUGUGUGAGUGCCGACCAGGCUUUGAUGGAAUCCUGUGUGAAAACAACAUCCUUGAAUGUACUGAGAGCUCCUGUCUGAAUAAUGGGACUUGCAUUGAUGACAUCAACACCUUCUCUUGCCGUUGCCGUCCUGGUUUUUACGGGACAUUCUGUGAGUACGAGCAGAACGAGUGCGACUCUCAGCCCUGUAAGAAUGGAGGCACCUGCACUGAUGGCCUGGGCACCUACCGCUGCACCUGCAGCGUGGGAUACAAUGGACAGAACUGCCAGAACUUUGUGAACCUGUGCAGCCAGGUGCGCUGUCACAAUGGCGGCUCCUGCUCUCAGACAGCGACCUCCUGGACCUGCCACUGUCCAGUGAGAUGGACAGGAAUUUACUGUGACGUCCCCAACAUGUCCUGUCAGGACUUUGCUGCCAGGAAAGGCCUGGAAGUGGAAAAUGUGUGUAAGAACGCCGGGCGGUGCAUGAAUGUGGGCAAUUCCCACAAGUGUCAGUGCCAGCCAGGAUACACGGGCAGCUACUGUGAAGAGAUGGUCAAUGAGUGCAAGUCAAACCCUUGUCGCAACGGAGCUACAUGCAAGGACUAUCAGGGCACAUACGAGUGUAUAUGUAAACCAGGCUACCAGGGGGUGAACUGUGAGUAUGAUGUCGAUGAAUGCCACUCUAGGCCCUGCCUCCAUGGAGGAACCUGUAUCAACCUCAUCAACCGCUUCACCUGCGCCUGCCCACCUGGAACACAUGGGCUCCAGUGUGAAACGAACGUGGAUGACUGUGCCCCCAAGUCUGACCUCUUGGAACCUCGCUGUAAGAAUGGAGGACAGUGUGUUGAUGGUGUGGGGCGUUACACCUGCUCCUGCCCUCCAGGAUUCGUUGGAGAACACUGUGAGGGGGACCUCAACGAAUGCUUGUCUGGGCCCUGCCACGCCCCCGGCAGCCUCGACUGUGUGCAGCUGGUCAACGAUUACCAAUGUCGCUGUCGCCUUGGAUACACGGGUCGUCAUUGUGAGUCCAUGGUGGAUCUGUGUCUGUCUAAACCCUGCCACAAUGGUGCCAUCUGCUCCAUGAACAUGAGCUCAGUACAUGGCUACACCUGCUCCUGUGUAACUGGCUUUACUGGGUUCAACUGUGGCGAAAUAGAAGGCUACAGUUGUGCAAAGCUACGUUGCCAUAAUGGUGGGCACUGUGUGGAGUCACCAGUUGGCCACCUGUACUGCCAGUGCCAGUCAGGCUUCAGUGGGCCACACUGUGAAAAUGAACAGAAGUGUCCAUGGACUUGCCAAAAUGGAGGAACCUGCGUCAAAGACCCAUCCAACCCAUACCAGUACUGCCGUUGUCCCAUGCACUUCUCCGGACGAUACUGUGAGAACAAACCACCCAUACCACACACCUGCCCGUAUCUGCAGUGUGAGCGGCAUUCAGGGGAUAAAGUGUGUGACGAUCAGUGCAACAACCACGAGUGUCAGUGGGAUGGAGGAGACUGCUCGCUCAACUGGAAGCAGCCGUGGGUGAACUGCACCGCCAGUGUUCCCUGCUGGGAUCUCUUUAAGAAUGGACGUUGUGAUAAGGAGUGUGACAACUCUAAGUGCCUCUUUGACAGCUUUGAGUGUCAGGAGACCCCACCGACCCCCUGCAAGUAUGACAAGUACUGCGCAGAUCACUAUGGUAACGACAUCUGUGACCAGAGCUGCUACAUGGAGGCUUGUGGCUGGGACGGCCUGGACUGUUCAACUGACACUCCGGCCAAAGUGGCGGAUGGCACACUGGUUAUCGUGGUCCGGCUGCAGCCUGAGGAGCUGCUUGGAGACUUAAGGGGUUUCUUGCGCUACCUGGGAGCCCUGCUGCAUACCAACCUGCAGGUGAAGCGGGAUGAAAAUGACAAACCAAUGGUGCGCCCUUACUAUGGGGUGGAGGAGGAUCACGGACAACAUGUACAGAGUAGCAGAAUCAAGCGGGAGAUGGAGGUUAUUGGAUCUGUGGUGCACCUGGAAAUCGAUAACCGUGAAUGUUCCCAGAGCUCUAUUGACUGUUUCUCCAACACUGAUGAGGCUGCGUCCUUCAUUGCAGCAGCACACAUCAAGGCUGAACUGCCUUACCCUCUAGUGUCAGUUAAAAGUGAGCCAGCAGCAGUUACACCUAAUACACCACUUCUGUACCUGGUUGGAGUGGCAGUGGUUAUUAUUCUGCUUAUCCUGGUGCUGGGGAUGCUAGCAGCAAAGAGGAAGCAUAAACAUGGUGUCCUGUGGCUGCCUGAUGGCUUCGUGGCCAAUAAAAAUGACAAGAGGAGAGAGCCUGUCGGACAGGAUGACUUUGACAUGAAGAAUUUCAAGACCCAGGAUGGAGCAAUGAUUGAUGGAGGUCAGAGUCAGAGAUGGCUGGAAGAUGAGGUCCCAUCCAAGAAACCAAGAACUGAAGACAAACCCUUGCUGCCCAUUGCUAUGGAUGGAGCUGUUGACCGAAGGGAGUGGACCCUGCAGCAUUGCAAGGCUGCUGACAUCACCCUCACUCCCCCACAGGCCGACCUGGAUGCUGACUGUCUGGAUGUUAACGUCAAGGGACCUGAUGGCUUCACCCCACUGAUGUUGGCAUCGCUGCGUAAUGGUGGAGGCCCAGACUGCAGCCUGCAUGGAGAAGAGGAGGAAGAGAGUGGAGGAGAUGAACCAGGACCAAGUGUCAUUUCAGACCUGAUUGCUCAGGGUGCUUCUUUGAUGGCUCAGACUGACCGUACGGGAGAAACAGCGCUGCACCUGGCUGCCCGCUACGCCAGGGCUGAUGCUGCUAAGAGACUGCUGGACGCUGGAGCUGAUCCCAACGCCCAUGACAACAUGGGCAGAACUCCGUUGCAUGCUGCCGUGGCGGCUGAUGCACAGGGAGUCUUCCAGAUUCUGAUCCGUAAUCGCGCAACAGAACUGGAUGGUCGGAUGAAUGAUGGCACUACUCCACUGAUCCUGGCAGCCAGGCUAGCUGUGGAUGGCAUGGUGGAAGAGCUGAUCCACUGCCAUGCUGACAUCAAUGCUGUAGACGACCAUGGCAAAUCCGCUCUGCACUGGGCAGCUGCAGUUAAUAAUGUGGAGGCAACUCUUGUGCUUUUGAAGAAUGGAGCCAACCGUGACAUGCAAGACAAUAAGGAGGAGACCCCACUGUUUCUUGCAGCCAGAGAAGGCAGCUUUGAGGCAGCUCAGGUUCUCCUUGACCACUACUCCAACCGUGACAUCACCGAUCACCUGGAUCGACUGCCCCGCGACACCGCUCAGGAGCGCAUGCAUCAUGACAUUGUGCGCCUGCUGGACCAGUACAAUUUGGUUCACAGUCCACACAAUGGGCCUAACCACAUGGGUGGAGGAGGAAACUCCUCUGUUAUGUGUGGGGCCAACGGAGCAGGCUUCAUUGGCAUGCGCCCUGGGCCACAGGGGAAGAAGAACAGGAGGGGCGGAGGUGGAGCAAAGGCGGGAGGUGUUGGCGGGGGAGCAAAGGAGCUGAAAGACAUGAAGGCGAAGAGAAGAAAGAAGCCUGCUGGAGGAGAAGGGCCGGGUGUAGGUGCUGGAGUGGGAGGAGGAAGUGGAGGAGGUACAGGAGGAGGAAGCGCGAAUGGCGUCAAGGCAGCAGGAGGACUUCCAGAGAGCUCUGUCACCAUGUCACCUGUUGACUCCCUGGAAUCACCACACUCGUACACAGGCGACGUGUCCGGCGCCGUCUCCACCACAGCAAACUCCCCUCCCCUCCUGAGUAGCCCGACCUCCAGACCAAUGCUUCCACCCGUCAGCCACAUGCUGGGACAGCAGCAGGGUUGGGUGGGCAUGACCAAGCACGGCUACAGCGGCCACAUGUUCGGCCUCGUACCGCACCAGAUGGGGGGAUCUCACCCUGGCAUGGGCCAACACCACAGCCAGGGCCCGAUGCUGACUCCCAUGAAUGUCACCAUGAGCAGAGAGCAGCUGCCGCCCAUUGUCACGUUCCAGAUGAUGGCCCCUGGAGGAGGGCAGGCCAUGUUGAAGCAGCCUCAGCCGGGGCAGGUACAGGUCACACAGUCCCAGGGGCAGAACCAGAAUCAGGGUCACUCCCAGCAGAGGCCAGGCCACCUCCACUGCUCCCAGAGCAUGAUGUACCAGAUGCCUGAGCAGAUGAGCAUGGCGCACGGGCUCUCCCACACCCUGCAGCACCCUCACACCGUCAGCCACGGAGGCCACAGUGGGAUCGAGGGCCAGUCUCGGCCGCUGCCUUCCUAUCCACCCAUGCAGAGCCCUGUGGAUAAGUAUCCCACACCCCCCUCCCAGCACAGUUACACCACCGCUGGCUCAGAGGGCAACCCCGGCCACUCUGCCCACCCACCCAGCGAGCACCCGUAUCUCACCCCUUCGCCCGAGUCCCCAGACCCUUGGUCGUCCUCUUCGCCACACUCCAACUCAGACUGGUCUGACGUCACCACCAGCCCCACCCCUCUGGGGAACCCCCACCAUGCACUGCCGUCUUCACACCGCACACACAUUCCAGAGCAGGUGCAGCUGCAGCCGCAGUCGCAACAGAUGCAGCAGUCCUCUCAACAGUCUCAGCUCGGAAACAUGCAGGUGUUUGCGUAGGCCGGUCAGAGGAAAGCAUAAACAGACUUUGGGGUUCUGUGUAGUUAAAUAACACAUAGUAACUCAUACAAUGCUUUCUCGCUUAUCUUGUUAAUUCUCUUUGUUCUUCAUUAUGAUAAUUAGUCACCUCCCCUUUUAUGUUUUCUUCUCCUCUUUGCACUUAAGAAAACUGUGUGUAUAGUUUCUAAAACGUCAUUGAGUAUCUCCAGCUAGAAAUCAAAGGUUCUCAAUACCAAAAACCAUGGAGUUAGCUGUGUGUCACGAGCUAAAAUCAAUUUCCAUGUAGUUCCUCCGAUCCCAGCUGAGCAUUCUCUGCUCUCUGCUGGCUAAGUCAAGAAUUUUCUAUUCAGCCUUUGGCAGCCAAACACAAACUGUUUAUUUAGGGAUCAUCUACGAACUGUCGACCAGAUGGUGGCCGGCUGGUAUUGCAUCAGAACAGACUGUUGAGAUGGACACUGACACAGGGCCGAGGACGCUCUGCAUUGAUAUUGUUGAUACUGUUUUGGAAGACAUUUUCAUUUCGUUCUGCCAUACGCUAUCCUUACUUGAUGUUUAAUGUGAUAAGCCUGCCAGUACUAACUCUUCGUCGAAACCAUUCACUCUACUUUUUUAAUACAAUGGGUCAAAUUCAGUUGAUGCUUUAAUUCAGCAAAACUACCUAGUUGUUGCCUUAUUGUUUUUUUAUUCAUGCAUUAUUUUUUAAUGUGCUAAAGGGGAAAUUUUCUAAAAUGCUGUUGCAUGACUAGAAUGACAAACACCAAGGAAAUUACAGAUUAUAUGGAAAUGCACACAGAUGCAUCUUGUAACAAAAUAGCUCUACCCUUGUGCAAACAACUUAAUGUAUUCACUGAAUUGAUUACAUUUGAUAGAUAUUAGUGUUUCCUGUCUGAACACAGGUUCAAUAAAUGCAGUUUUUACUUGCAUGUUGUAGGUGCAGUGAGAACACAGUGUAUUACCCAUGUUUUGAAAGCAGUUACUGUUACAGAAAUUGAAGAGUUGAUUUGAAAACCAAAUCAGAGUUGUUGUUUGGAUGCAAUUGUAUCAUUUCUUGCCACAGACAGUGCCACUGUACUUCAUUUGUUGUUGAGGGAUUCAUUCAGAAGCUUGACAAACUUUAUGCAAAUACAUACAUUAGUUUUAGUAUGUUGUAUGAUGAAAUGUACAUAGACUUACAGCACAUUCUGCUUGUUAUGACUGAGCUCGAUUUGGGGUAGACUUGUUAACUUUUAACUGUUUCUGUUUUUUUAUAUAAAUUCUGUUCGCACUUCUUGAAUGAUUCUGAAUGUUACAGAGGUGUCUGUUAUUACCUUUUUAAACUGCCUCUUACUAAAUGUUUUCUUUUCCAAAAUCAUUUAACCAGUUUUGCCUUACUUAACUACAAUCAGUGUAUCUGUGCACCUUUUUAAUUCUCAUGAUUCAUAAACCAAGUCUAGAGGUGAGUAAGGUUUAAUAAAGUAUUUUUUGUCUUCCUUCUUAAAGUUGAUGUUGAUCAUAGCUUUGUUUGACUGCUCUGUAAACACAGACAAUCAUUCACUGUUUUAUUUUUGAAACUUCAAAAAGGAACAUCAGUGUCUCUAAGACCAAAUUAAUUUUUUUCUGCCGAAAAUGAUCAUUAGUUUUUGCCCCCGUUUCAGUUAGUGUUGUGAUGUAUUAAAGACUUUUCGUUAAGUUAGACAUAUAGCACACCGAUCUGAUACCAAGACAUGUUCUGGUUUGAAUUACUACUGCAAGUGUCUGUGUGAACAAACCAAAUCAUUCACAUUUCAUCAAUAUUCCCAGAACCUGACACUUCAGUGCCUUUUUCUCUGUACUCAUGAUGUCCCUGCGGUUUCACAAAACACAUGUACUGUACAUUGAGGUGUCAGUCAGCAUUUUUAUUAAGAAUUGAGCAUGUCAGUUCCCGUUCAUAUGCAAGGCUAUGUGUCUAUGUUCUGUAUAUAAAAUGUUUUUAUUGUACUUUCCUCUGUUAACCAAAUAGCCUAUAAUAUACAUGUCAUAUGAAGUAGUUGUCACCAUGUUUGUAUACAGUAGAAGAACUAAAACUGAUGAUAAAAUCAGUUGUCUGUUGCAAAAAACCAAAUGAUCAACCAAAUGUGCUUACUGAAAUAAAGCCCAGAUCUUGAUAGA